AUGGUGUGGCGCGAAGGGCUCGACGAGUGGCGCGAGGCUCGCGUCUUUCCCGCGUUCGCGUCGUGCGUCGAAGACGACGCCGGGCCCGGUCGCCUCGACGCGACGUCUCGACCCGCCACCGCGGGGCCCGCGCCGAGGACGUCACCGCGGGCGACGAUGCCAAACGCCCCGGCCACCGCGACGCCCGCGCUCGGGGGUUCGCGCUUCCCCGGGCGAACCCUCGCGCCCGCCGCGCUCUUCGCCGACGCCCCGCCGCCGCCGCCGCCGCCGCCGACGACGACGACGACGACGACGAGCGACGACGCGUCCUCCGACGAUGCCCCCGCGUGGUUCGCGGUGGACGCGGCGGGGACCCAGGUCGGCCCGAUGGACACCGCGGCGAUGCUGAGGCUGGUGUGGCGCGACGGGUCCGGCGUGUUGACCAGGAGCGAGCCGGCGCAGCCCGGCUGGAUCCCCGCGAGGGACGCGCCCGCGCUCAGGGAGGCGAUACGGACGAUGGAGUCGGCGCGGGCGGGGGAGUCGGUCAAACCAACCGGCGGGGAUAGGGACGCAGGGGAUGAUGGGGCCACGAAGAUGAACCUGAAUCUCUCGCCCGAGUCGCUUCGCGCCGAAGCGGAGUCGCUUCGCGCGGCGCUCGAGACGACGCGCGCGAAGCUCCUGGCGAAGGAAGCCGAGGCGGCUGCGCUCAGGGAAACGGUGAGACACCUGCGGGUGCGCAUCGCGACGGGGGGAAGGUUAACCGUCGCCGGGGACGCGGGCGCCGUGAUGGAUGACGGAUCAACGAAAGAGUUGGAUCGCGCCGAGUUGGAGGCGGCGGAGCUGGCGAGGGCGAGGCGGGAGCUCGAGGACCGGACCGCGGAGCUGGUGCGGCUCAAAGGGGUUCUACGCGCACUGAGACGACAUCGAUCGCCGGCGGCGUCCACUUCUCCCGCGCACGAUGCGGACUCGGUGACGCGCGGCGGUCGUGGCGGUCGUGUACGCGGACCCUUGGCUCGGACCCUUGGCUCGCCGACGGGCGCGAUGGCGUCGAACGACCCGCGCGGGUCGUCCGAUCCUCGCGAGGCGGCGACGGACGUCUUCGCCGUGGUCUCCCGCGUCGUCCCGUCGGAUCCGUCGCUCCGACGCCGCGUACCCCCCGCGAAGGCCCGGCAUCUCGCCGCGGACAUCUGCGCGGUGGUGUGCGGCCUGAGGCCCGCGUGCAUGAUCGACUACGCGCCCAAGAUGGACGCCGGGGUGGCGCGCGCGGUGCUCGAGACGCUUCGCGCGGAUCCGCGCUCGGGGAGGCAUCGGGAGACGCGCGCGCUGGGCGUGCUGCUGGUGGAGGACGUGGUGCUCAUCGCGGACGUGGACCGCGUCAUGCGCAUCUUCGAUGACAUCGGCGCGACGGGGGGCGCCGAUCGGUUCGUCGCGUUCGAUCCAACCACGAAGCGAAGGAUGAGGGGACCCAAAGUCCGCGGGAGGUUCACGACGUGGACGGAUGCGAGGACGUCGUCGCACUGCGCCGCCCUCGCCCGCGUCGUGCCGUGGGGCGACCGACGGGACCCCGACGCGGGUAAGACCCGGUGUCACGACAUCGGCGACGCGACGUUGGGGGGAGUCAUCGACGCGGGCGAUCGCGCGGUCGGCGUGAAGUGCCCGGUGCCGCCCGUCGCGCUCACCGGCGUAACUUUGGGGUACCCUCGGGUGUACACGUGGACCGAGGACGACGCGGACGGCGCGGCGCUGAGAACGGUCCUGUCGGCGACGGACCUGACCCUGCGCAGGCUGCGCGCGAGGUUGAACGUGGAGGGCGCGGACGGCAUGGAGCAUUUAGUGUCGGCUUGGACCGUCCCUAAACGCGAGGACAGCGGCGAAGACGACUGGAGCUGGGAGGGCGACGCGGUGUCAGAGGAUGACGGACACACGUGGGGAUCCUUCGCGCUGGCGUGGAGGAAUGAGGUGGAGGCCGCGAUCGAUGCGAGCGGCGGGGCGUGGGAAGUGGUCGCGUGGGAUACCGAAACGUACCGAGGGCCCGUCGCGCUGUAG